AAGAACAAGAAAUUGUCGUUGCCUUUCAAGAACAACUAGAAUUUCUCAAAUCAAACAUUCAGCAAAAAAAUGAUCUGAUUGAUCAUAUAAAAGAAGACUUAGAUGAUAAAUCAUCCCUUCAACAAAGAUUGAGAGACAAAGAAGCAGAAGCGUUAUCAUUUAGAACAAAACUUAUGGACAUUCAAAAUAAAAUAGUUUAUUUUCAAAAUGAAAAAAAUGACCUUGUUAUGUGGCUUCGGAAGUUAGAAACCGGAGGUAAUAUAAAUAAAGAUAUUGAGACUGAAUUGCAAGUCCUAAAAAAGGAAAUCAUACAAGUUCGUGAAAGAGAAGCUACAGCACUGGAACGGCUUCGAGUUCUCAAAUCAAGUAUAACCACAGAAACUGAAGACAAUCAUCUUCAUGAAGAAUUGGAAAGUUUACGCAGUAUAGAAAGUGCACAGCAAGAGAAAAUAAAUGACCUCGAAAAAAAAAUUGCUGAAAAAGGAGAUAGUGUUGAUGAGGAAAUUGUAAAAGUAAGGACUGAAUUAGCAAUAGUUAGAAAGGCUCAAGAAAAACAAAGCAAUGUGAUCGAAACACUUGAACAGAAAUUAAAGAUUGCAGAAGAUAAAUCACAUGUAGCUGCAAUUAAACAAGAAAUUAAUGACUUGAAAACACGAGAAACUGAAAAUUUAAAGAAAAUACAAUCUAUAGAAUUAGAAUUACGUGAAUCUGCUAUCCAAGAUAUGCAGCAAGCUGAAAAAUUGAAUGAAGAGAUUAAAAAAUUACGUGGUCAUGAACGGGAACAACGUAAGCGAAUGGAAUUUCUUCAAACACGGUUAGAAUUGGCCGAAGACGAAAAUCCAGAUAUAUUCUCCUUAAAAAAUCAAAUAUCCGAGUCCAAAACUUCAGAAGCAGAACUCCAAAAAAAAGUUAAUGAUUUAGAAGCUAAAUUUGCAACCAUUCAAAAAGAAACGAAGAUUUUUGGAAUGGUAAAAGAGGAAGUAAAGUUCUUGAAAGAAUUAGAGGUUGAGCAGAAAUCCACAAUUGAUCAAUUACAAUCACAAUUAAAUAAAAUGAAAGAAAUUAGGGAGGUCGCCAUCAAAGAACUAUCAACAAUGAAAGGUGGAUCUAACCUUCAAAAGAGACGUGUUAUUUCUUUAGAAGAAGAAAUGAAAAGAUUAAGACAGGAAUUGGAACUUGCUAAAAAUGACACUAAUUCAUCGUCUGAGAAAUAUGAAGAACUUACGAACUUAUUGAACAAUACUCAUAAGCAAUAUGAAGAGUCAUUAAAACGAAUAAAACUUUUGGAAGGUGAAGUUGAAUCAUUCAAGAAUGAUGGAGUCGCAAGUGACGAAAAAGUUGCAACUGUGAGAACUGAAUUGGUUAAUGCAAAACUUGAGAUGAUGACACAAAAUGACAACGUAGUCAACUUAGACAAGCAGAUAGGUGCAACUGAGAAAGAACGCGAUCAGAGUGCGCAACGAAUUAAAGAGUUAGUAAACACACUUAAUGAAAGAGAACCUAAUCAAAAAGAUGCUAUCAGAGCACUUGAAUCUACGUUGACAAAUUUUGAAUCCAAAAUUCUCGAAACAAAAGUUGAAUCAGAUGUAAAUAAGGAAACUAUUACACUUAUAGAGGAAAAACAUGGGAUUGACGUAGUUCUUUAUUUAAAAUCAACAAAUUGUUUGUCUCUGG